AUGGGCCAAACCUUGCGAAGCCAGCGGUUGAGACGAGCUGUCGACAGCCUGCGGCACCAUUUCUCGUAUGUAUCGAUUACUUGGCGCAUCAUGGACAACCGGCCUUUACCUUCUAUAGCAGAAACAAAUACCACAGUGACAGACCUGUGGUAUCAGAGUCUGAAUUUCUUCAGGCACAGCAUUGAUAACACUUUCGUACAUUUUUGUAUUCUUUUUCCCUCUCAAAAGAUCCAUCUUGUUAACCACAACCACCAAACCCCGCCCUUCCUCGACAGCCCGCCUGGCAAUGACUACUUCAGCAUGAUUCAUGCUCCGUCUACCUUUUGCAAUCUGUUUUUACAAACAAAAGGCACAUAUAAUAUAAGUGACAAGUUGACAAGACACAAAGAUAGAUUUACCAGAAGACUCGUUCUGAACUACCUCUUCAGCAUCAAGAACCAAAGCAACUACGUGAGCCCUCAUGAGAUGCUUCCUCGUCUGCACAAUGCUCAACGAUGA